AGUCUGGGAAAUCCUAAGCAACAGAAGUCAUACCGCUUCUGUUGCAAUGAACGAGAAAAGCGCUGACUUUGUAUUUCUGAAUGUCGGUACAUUCUGGUGCGUUGCUGACGGCCAAUCCGUGAAGCUGUUUAAAGCUAAAUCAAAGCUAGUCCUCGCAAUGAGUUGUGAAACGUGGCUAUCGAAUCGUGGUAAAGUACAAGUAUUUGUGCGUGACUUUUCCUCCCUAAACAUUCAUGAUUCGGAAUGGAACGAAUUUAUGACACAUCUGAAGGGUAGGAACGCCGAUGAUCGGUUUGGUUCUGCUUUAAGUAUCGCUGAUGGCUACCUCGAAUAUGACUUUCAAUUAGCCAUUGGCUGUCCAGGAUACAACAGAAAUCAGGGCCUCGUCCUUGUUUAUGGCGUUUCGCUUGCAACAUCAACCGGUUGGAAACAAAUUGGGAAUGAUUUGACGGGAUCAAACGAAGGAGAAAGGUUCGGCUCUAGUCUUGACAUGAGUGCUAACACGCAACCCUAUCUACUGAUUGGAUCCCCUGGCUGGAAAGUAACGAAAGAUGUGGAAGGGACAUCUGCAGAUGAUGAUGUAAUCAGUGAACAAGAAUCAUUUGAAAGUCUUGGAUGUGGUAUCGUGCGUCUUUUUCAUUGGCGGAAAUCAGGUUCUUCUAUACGUUCUACCCGUCGCUGGGUUUUAGUCKGAGAUCCUAUGACUGGACGAAACAAAGCGGAUCGAUUCGGAACUCAUGUGGCGAUAUCUCRUACAGGUGAACGAAUCGCUAUUGCAACUUCACGGAUGAAAACCACCAGCAACGAUGARUGUGGUGGUGUACCGCAAGCAGGUUAUAUUGGAGUUUACGAACGUCAAUCGUGGAAUUCUUGGGGGCAACCUGUCAAUAGCAYCAUACCGAUAAGAGAAGUCCAUAGCGACGAUAUGCUCCCAAUUUUUGCAUUAAACGAYCAUGGUUCCAUGGUGGCGACAGUGAUCUCAAAGAAUUCCAUUAAAGUAUUCCUCGAUGGUUCACCAUUUUGUGGUUUCCCUGUUUCAGAAACAUUGGGUUCUGCAGAUAGCGGGGCAAUAGACCCAGAGGUUUCCGAUUUGAAUAUUUGGCUGGGUCGCCAGAUAUGCAGGGAGAAUGAUUCCUUGGUUGUAAAUGAGAGUGCUUGCUCGGAACAACAGGUUUUUAGAGGGAAYUAUAAAAGUUGUUCAUGGAGAGAUAUACCUAUUUUUCAUUUUCCGGCACAGGUUCAAUUGAGCAMGAGUCCCUCACCACUUUCGGSGAUCGCACCAUCUCUAAGUCCAUCAUUCAAUCCAGAUGUCAUAUCUUCAGAAGCUCCUUCUUUGCAGCAAAAUAGAUCCAUCUCUUCCGUUUCACCUUCGACUGCUUCAACUUUUGCGUCAGCCAAGCCAUCAUCACGAAAUUCUAUCAAGUCUUCAAGUCAUCCUUCAAGGUUGAAUAUUCGUAAUGAUGGCGAUGGAUCGUCAGUCUUGCCAUCUGCGCUUCCCACGGGAAAGACGCAAGGAAAACCUCAUGAAAUACCAACAGGCCUCCCGUUCUCAUACCACCCAACCAGAGAGAUUUCCGWAUCUCCCACGGAUAUAUCAACAAAUGAGAGGCACGACGAAUCACCUGUUGUUGUCGUGUGCCAUUGCAAUAUCUUUAAUACAUGUUUUGAUCGAACAAUAUCAGAGGACAGCCCUAAAUUACGGAUUUGUGUUUCAGUCGCAUCAAUCAUGGAUGCGAAGGUUGUAUCCUUGAACAGUGCCAAACUACGACAGGAAGACUUUUCGAUUUCGGUAGUCGAUGGUGCUGAAGCUAUAAAUGAAGAUGGUGCAACAAAAAUGAAUUGUAGUGCCAUGAGCAAAUGUUAUAUGGAAACUCCUGUCAGUUCAGUCUUUUUCGGAACAAACCGUCCCUCCUCAGUUGUCGUUGAAGGGAACGUUUCAGUAGAAGAAUCGCAUCCGGUAAGCCGAAACGCAUUGAUAAAUAGGGUGUCRUUCUCGAUUACGAUUGCUUUAAACCAGAUCAAUAMAACGCCAACAAGUUCACCGAAAGAAACGGACGAAAAAGACAAUGGAAUGGAACACACAUUAAUCGGGGGAGCGACUGCAUCGUUUGUCCUACUAUUGAUUGUUCUWGUCUUCUGUGGUUGGUUUUGCAAGAAAUACUCUUGUAGGCAAAAAAAUCAUYCAAACUCAGUGAAUGAAGCAUUAUUCGAUAUUUGAUGUCUUCUCCUUCUCCAACCAGAGGUAUCGUAAGGUACUCAUAAAGCAUCGCUUGUAAGUAGUCUGCCCCUAUUCAAAUCUAAUGUUUAGCGUAAAAAGAAAAUCACUUUCAGAAA